GGGGAGGGGGGAAAGAGGAGCGCAGAGUGAGAUUGCCGGACGCUCCGGGAGGCGAAGGGGGCGGGGGGAGCAGCGCCGCGGCCGCCGCCGUCUCCGCCUCCGCCGCCUGGGACGAGGGGGUGGGGGACGGACGAGCCCCGAUGCCGGGGGAGACGGAAGAGCCGAGACCCCCGGAGCAGCAGGACCAGGAAGGGGGAGAGGCGGCGGCGGCCAAGGCGGCUCCAGAGGAGCCCCAACAACAGCCCCCUGAGGCGGCGGCGGCGGCGCCUGCGGGGACCACUAGCAGCCGCGUGCUGAGGGGAGGUCGGGACCGGGGCCGGGCCGCUGCGGCCGCCGCCGCCGCCGCUGUGUCUCGCCGGAGGAAGGCCGAGUAUCCCCGUCGUCGUCGGAGCAGCCCCAGCGCCAGGCCUCCCGACGCUUCAGGGCAGCAGUCCCAGGCCGCGAAGCCCCCGUCUCCAGCUCAGGCCAAGAAGAGUCCGCGACUCCUAUGUGUAGACAAAGUUACAACUGACAAAGAUCCUAAGGAAGAGAAAGAGGAAGAUGAUGAUUCUACCCUCCCUCAGGAAGUUUCCAUUGCUGCAACUAGGCCUAGCCGGGGCUGGCGCAGCAGUAGCAGGACGUCAGUUUCUCGGCAUCAUGACACAGAGAACACUCGAAGUUCUAGGUCAAAGACUGGUUCAUUGCAGCUCAUCUGCAAGUCAGAACCAAAUACAGAUCAGCUUGAUUAUGAUGGGGCAGAAGAACAUCAGUCACCAGGUGGCAUUAGUAGUGAUGAGGAGGAGGAAGAGGAAGAAGAGAUGUUAAUCAGUGAAGAGGAAAUACCAUUCAAAGACGACCCAAGAGACGAGACCUACAAACCCCACUUAGAGAGGGAAACCCCCAAACCACGGAGAAAAUCGGGGAAGGUGAAAGAAGAGAAGGAGAAGAAAGAAAUUAAAGUGGAAGUAGAAGUAGAGGUGAAAGAAGAAGAGAAUGAAAUUAGGGAGGAUGAGGAACCUCCUAGGAAGAGAGGAAGAAGGCGAAAAGAUGACAAAAGUCCACGAUUACCCAAAAGGAGAAAAAAGCCUCCAAUCCAAUAUGUCCGUUGUGAGAUGGAAGGAUGUGGAACUGUUCUUGCUCACCCUCGCUAUUUGCAGCACCACAUUAAGUAUCAGCAUUUGCUGAAGAAGAAAUACGUGUGUCCUCAUCCCUCCUGUGGGCGACUCUUCAGGCUCCAGAAGCAACUUCUACGACAUGCCAAACAUCAUACAGAUCAAAGGGAUUAUAUCUGUGAAUAUUGUGCUAGGGCCUUCAAGAGUUCUCACAAUCUGGCAGUGCACCGGAUGAUUCAUACUGGCGAGAAGCCAUUACAAUGCGAGAUCUGUGGAUUUACGUGUCGGCAGAAGGCAUCCCUUAAUUGGCACAUGAAGAAGCAUGAUGCAGAUUCCUUCUACCAGUUCUCUUGCAAUAUCUGUGGCAAAAAAUUUGAGAAGAAGGACAGCGUAGUGGCACACAAAGCAAAAAGCCACCCUGAGGUGCUGAUUGCCGAAGCUCUGGCUGCCAAUGCAGGCGCCCUCAUCACCAGCACAGAUAUCUUGGGCACUAACCCAGAGUCCCUGACACAACCUGCAGAUGGGCAGGGUCUUCCUCUUCUUUCUGAGCCAUUGGGAAACUCCACCUCUGGAGAGUGCCUCCUGCUAGAAGCUGAAGGGAUGUCAAAGUCAUACUGUAGUGGGACAGAACGGGUGAGCCUGAUGGCUGAUGGGAAGAUCUUUGUGGGAAGUGGCAGCAGUGGGGGCACUGAAGGGCUGGUCAUGAACUCGGAUAUACUCGGUGCUACCACAGAGGUUCUGAUUGAAGAUUCAGACUCUACUGGACCUUAGUGGAAGGGAAGACUUUGGGCACUGGGACAGCUCAGACUUUGUAUUUAAAAGAUAAAAAGGACAAAAAAAAAAAUUUAAAGCAUUUAAAAUCUAGUAAAAUAACUGAAGGGCCUGCUCUUUCCAUUGUGGAUCACAGCACACACACCUACACCCACCCUCUUCUCCCUCUAUUGUCCCCUUCAUAAAAUUGAUGUUGCCUUUACCAAAAAGGUAGGCAAAAAAGAAGCAGCUCUUAAAGUGAGGGUUAUCCUCCUACUCAGUUCUAGCCAGGCAGACUUCCUGCUCGCCGGCAGAUCCCUUCUUAAACCUAUAACUCUGAUGUGCUCUGGAUCAGCUUUUAACUCUUGAUAGUAUAUUACUGUCCUCGAAACCCCUUCUCCUUCACUGCUGCCCUAUGGUUCUGGCUUCUACCCACUGCAGCACACUUAUCCCCAAAGUAUCUUACAGUUCUAAUCUCUGGAGGCUGGCAGCUUGACUUGGCACUUUAGGCCCCUUAGCAGGGUGAGCUGUUAAAACAGCACACCUGUCUCACUCAACCCCAUUUCCUCCAUUCCCCGCUGGGUUUCAGAAAGGAAGGAUUCACGGGGACCACCUCCCUCCUGUGACCCCAGCACUUCAGCCCCCUUCCAACACCUCCAUCUGGUUCUCAGUGGUGCUCACUAGCUUGGAAGCAGGCUCCCAACAGGGAGGGGGCUGCCCACUACGUGGUUUCUCUGAGCGUAAGACAGGGCUCUGUAUCAGUGAGAAAAGUCCCAGACUAAUGGCAGAAAUUUGCACUUUGAACAUGUGUGUUUUUGUGUUGUGGAACCUGAGAUUCCUUAUUUAUUAACAAAGUCUGAUUUUUUUGGGGGGGUGGGGUCCUCGUUGCUAUAUUUUGUGGGGCUGGGAGAGAUUAGGUUAUUCUGACAUGGGGUCCUUUCCAUAAAAGGUACUUUUGAAGGCAAGAUAUAGGGUUGAAGAAGCACAGCCAGCCUCUAAAAUCAUAGCUCUCCAGUGGCCUUUAAAGAAAGCUGGUCCUCAGCACUAACAAAAUCACUACAGUAGCCUAGUGCUUUUUCGGAAGCCUUCUUAGGGAAGGAUAUUAGGUUUUUGGUAAUUAGUGCUCUUUGAGUUUUUUAGAGCAUUGCGAUUUAGGAAUUUUGAGGGAAUGAGAAGGAUUGUUCAGGGUCUGAAUUACAGAUAAAAGAUUUUCUCUUGUGAAUUUAUUUUCUUUUUUUGUCCCCAUCAUCUCUUUCUGUACACCUUCCUAUUGGCCCAGUUCUGGCCCCUUGCUUUGUUUUUGGUUUUGCUUUGCUUUAUCAUUGUUUCAUUCCAGCUCCCAAUUAGUGAAGGACACUGCCAUUAGUGAAGAGAUAGUCUAUGACUCAUACAGUUUGAAGUCAAAGAAAAUUAUUCUGUUCUGUUUCCCUUUUACAAAAAUAACACUUCAGAAGAGGAAAGGCUUCCAUAGACAAAGUUAAUAAUCUGUAUGGCUUUGGCUUUCACCUAAAAUUCUGGGAAUUACCACUUCCAUUGAGAUAGGGAUUUUCUUGGGGUGAAUUGCUUAUUACUGGCCAUGGGAGAGGCAGGUGGUGUUUUUGUACAAGUUUAUAACUCCCAGAAGACUAAAAACCUAUUUUGGCUCAUUUUUAGAGAAUUAGAAGGGCAGUUUCCAUCCUUCUGUGUACCUCACAAGCUGGAAUUAAAGGCUUGCCCUAUUCAUUGUUUGUCAGAAAUGUGUGAUGGCUGUUGGAAAGAAUGAAGUUUUGCUGAGAGCAAAAUAAGGAACAGCUUGUUUUUCACAAACACUAAAACUACAAAGUUUAUCAAUUUUCUCUUUGAUUUAUUUUUUCCCAAAAAGAAGGGUAACAAAAUGUCAUCUUUGAAAGAGGCUUACUUUACACCCACUAGUAUCAGUGGUUGGGAUGCCAGGGGAUAGGGAGUCAGACACCUACAGUGAAUAGACUUAAAUGCGCUAUUGUUUCUUUUCAGAGUGUUGCAGAUUUGCCAUCCCUCCAGUGUGGGGGUAGAAAAUGGAGUAAGGAUAGAAGGGAUGUAGAAUAUGCUUUCCUGCCCACAGUAAGGAUUGGAAUUGACUUGGUAUGUUGAGUACAUUUGAAAAUACUAUCAGGUUGAUUGGGUGGGUUUACAACAAAGUUGUUCCACUCCCAUUAUACAUCCAUUUUGUACUCUUCACUAGCUCACAUCUGUGCCCCACACUUGCCUUUGUCUUUGUCACAUUUAUCUUCUCCUUUGUCUCUGUAAGUUGUAUUUGCAGUGGUUAGUCAUCAGAUAUUUUAACCACCUACACAAAAGCAAACUGCAUAAAAAAACUUGAUGAGAUUGAGGGAAAACAUGUUCUUCCCUAGAUCACACUCCCCACCAAAGCAACAAGUUAGUUCUCAUAAUUAGAAACUUUCUGUUCUUCCUCCUUUUGUUUUUUGACCUCUUUAUAGGUACCAUUUGCUUACAGUUGGCUUCAAUAAAUUAUUAUAGCAGUUUGCCAUCAAUCUUAAAAUAUUCUGUAUGGACUUUAUUUUUUUUC